CGAAUGUGAUGGCAUUUAUAGAUUCCUAAUUUUAACAAGGCUCAUCGGCUUGCCUUCACCUUCUUCACAUUUGUGCACCUCCUUUUCGGGUAACGAAAUUUGCAUACUUGUGUGCUCGUUGCAGGUGCUUUGAUCUUGGCUUCUUCAAAGGGUUAGAGGAAGCUCGUAGUUAAUUUGGAUUUAUUCUGAGGAAUAUGAAGAUGGGUUCUCUUUUGUUCUUGAUUUGCUGUCUACUGCUAGCAAGAGCUGCUUCACUUGCAGAGUUCAAAGGAGAUGAGGCAGCCAUUUAUCUGGAUCUGUACCAUGUUGAUGGCUCCAACUCUUCCCUCGGGAACAAAUAUCCAGAGCCUUUCGCCCAUGCUCUUGCUCGCGAUGAAAAUCGCAUCAAGGCUCUCAGGUACCGAAUUACUAGCACAAAGGCGCGCAAACCUAGCAUCAUCUUGAACCAAUCCAUAGACAUAUUAGGCCCCGAAUCAGUAAGCAUCCCUGUGAACUCCGGCUUGUCUCUCGGGUCGGGCAAUUAUUACGUCAAGAUAGGCCUCGGCAUGCCUGCCAAGUUUUAUGCCAUGCUUCUCGACACCGGCAGCUCUCUUUCUUGGCUCCAGUGCCAGCCAUGUGUAGUAUACUGCCAUGCCCAAGUCGACCCUCUGUACAACCCCUCCACUUCCAGGACUUACAAAUCCCUGCCGUGCUCGACCUCUCAGUGCUCGUCACUCAAGGAGGCCACUCUGAACGACCCCCUGUGCGAGUAUAGAACGGGCAAGUGCGUGUACACAGCGAGCUACGGCGACUCGUCCUACUCGAUUGGAUACUUGAGCCAGGACUCGCUCAGCUUGUCCCCAUCCGAGACUUUGCCUCGUUUCCUUUAUGGGUGUGGCCAGGACAACGAAGGGCUGUUCGGGAGGGCAGCCGGUAUUGUAGGCCUGGCCCGCCAAAGUCUCUCCAUGAUUUCUCAGUUAUCUUCCAAGUACGGAAAUGCCUUCUCCUAUUGUCUUCCAACGGAAACCUCCACUGCCAGCGGCUUCCUCUCUCUUGGGAGGGCUUCACUAGCGGCAUCAGCCUUCAGGUUCACUCCCAUGAUAACCGAAUCCAGAGAAAAGAGCUUAUACUUCUUGCGAUUGGGCGCAAUUUCACUAGCGGGAAAGCCUUUAGCAGUCGCGGCUACACAGUAUAGAGUCCCGACCAUCAUCGACUCAGGAACGGUCAUCUCACGCCUGCCUAGUUCGGUCUAUGCUGCACUCAAACAGGCUUUCGUCAAGAUCAUGUCGAGAAAGUACUCUAAGGCGCCGAGCUAUUCAAUAUUGGACACCUGUUUCAAAGGAAGCUUGAAGACUAUGUCCGUUCCACAGAUGCGGCUUGUAUUCCUAGGCGGCGCCGAUCUUGCUCUGACACCUGCAAACAUUCUCAUAGAUGUCGAGAAGGGCACUACUUGCUUGGCCUUUGCAAGCGGCUCUGGAGACAUUGAAAUCGCUAUCAUUGGGAAUCAUCAGCAAAAGACGUUCAAGGUUGCCUACGAUGUCACCAAUGCCAGGAUUGGGUUCGCUGCAGGCGGCUGCCAAUGAUGGGCGGCGCUUUUCACUUAUCGAAUGUCAAGAAGUACGCAAUUAUUCAUACAUAAGGAUGUGAUGAAAUACGCCGGGUUCGGGGGCAAAAUAAUGUUUGUUUUCUUGAAGUUGUGAACUACAGGAAAGUAACACUGCCGGCACUAUCAAACGUUUCUUCAUCAUGUACAUAUAUGAUUUGAUUAUCUGAAGCAAAGUAAAGAAACCACAUAUCAGUGAAGAUUUGCAGUAGCUA